GCCUGCCUUGCGGCUGACUCAAGAUAAAUACAUACCGCCAUGCACAUCCGUCGCCGCGGAGGAUCCCCACCUGUAACGACCUAUCCUACUCCUGCCUCCCCUGAGACCUUGAGAUUUUAACGAACACACCAUGACACGAGAGUCGGGCAUGACAUCAGAGACAGCCACUCUGCGAGGCGACACAGAGCCUAGCGCACCCAGCGCACCCACGAAGACCGGUUUUCCGAAGCCUGAUUCUAGGAUAGGGCAAGAAAUAGCGGGCGAACGCUCAAGCUCCCAGACCACUUCGCAGUCACACGAGGAUGUUCAAAUUAUUGACUGGGACGGCCCCGAUGACCCGGAAAAUCCAAAAAACUGGAGCUUCAAGAAGAAAUGGGCCGCGACCGCCAUUGUGUCUGCGUUCACCUUCAUCAGCCCGGUGUCGUCAUCAAUGAUCGCACCGGCGUCCGAUCAGUUGGCGCAAGAAUUUGGAAUAACGAGCGAGACUGUCAUUGCACUGGUCACGUCCAUUUUUGUGUUGGCGUAUGGUACGUUGUUGAUUCAUCUUGGUGCGUACAGACAGUCUCAUUUGCGUUCUACAGCAUUGGGCCCAUUAUUCUUGGGGCCACUAAGUGAGAUUUUUGGACGGUCGCGGGUACUUCAAUUAGCGAACAUGUGGUAUCUAGGUAAGUGCGAGAUAGUGCGCACGAAGGCCGAGUCUCUCAGGCUGAUUCUUGUUGCAGCAUGGAAUUUGGGCUGUGGAUUUGCACAGAAUACUGGGCAACUCAUCGCCUUCCGUUUCCUCGCGGGCCUAGGCGGCAGUGCACCGCUUUCAAUAGGUGGUGGUGUACUCGGUGAUUGCUGGCGACCGGAGGAGAGAGGUCAAGCGAUCGCGCUCUACUCUCUCGCCCCGCUUCUCGGCCCUGUGAUCGGGCCAGUCUGCGGUGCAUGGAUCGGGCAGCGGUCCACUUGGCGCUGGGUGGUACGUCUCAUUCAGGCGUUUGAAUCUCACAUGGCGCUGACGUUCGCGGUGCAGUUCUGGUCAACAACUAUUGUCGAUGCCUUCAUCCAGUGCAUGGGCGUGUUGUUCUUGCAAGAAAGUAAGUUGCUAUUUGCCUUGCCGACUAUACCGUCUCACGGGCGGGCGUUGUUAUCAGCUUAUGCUCCUAUCCUCUUGGAACGCAAGGCUGCAAGAAUCCGCAAGAAUAUGGAUCCUGAGAAGGCCGAGAGACGAAUCAUCCGUACCGCCUUCGAUAGCGCUGACAGACAUUGGCAGCAGAUUGUCUCAAGAUCCCUUGUCCGACCCUUCAAGCUGUUCUUCCGCGAGCCUAUCAUCAUGCUCCUCGGUAUCUACAUGGCCUUCGUCUACGGCACCCUCUAUCUAUUCCUCACGACCAUCGAUGGUAUGUUCGAGGGCAUCUACGGCGAGCGCGUCGGCAUCGCGGGUCUGAACUACCUCGCUCUCGGUGUCGGCCUUACCGGUGCUUCGCAAAUCAAUGCACGGUCGCUUGAUGCAAUAUACAAGUACUUUACAAAGAAGAACAAUGGCGUCGGAAGGCCGGAAUUUAGGUUGCCGUCUAUGGUGCCUGGUACUAUUCUGCUGCCGAUUGGACUCUUCAUCACUGGGUGGACGGCACAAAAUCAUACACAUUGGAUCGCACCCGAUAUUGGCAUUGCGCUGGUAGGCGCCGGGAUUAUCCUCAACUUCCAGUGCAUUCAAACAUACAUCAUCGACGCGUUCACCCUACACGCCGCCUCAGCGCUUGCUGCUGCGACCUUCUUGCGUUCAUGCGCAGGCUUCGGCUUCCCGCUGUUCGCGCCAUCCAUGUACAACGCCCUUGGAUACGGCAAGGGCGACUCGAUACUUGCCGCUGUCGCCAUCGUGGUCGGGUGCCCUGCGCCAUGGCUAUUUUGGACGUACGGCGAGCGUAUACGAGCAGCGAGCAAGUAUGCGCGAUCGUAGACGUUUGUUCCCAUUUUCGUGUUAACAUCUCAACAUCAUCUACACGCGGUCAUCUGUCAUCAUUUGUCAUUUAACGCAUGACUCUUCAGGAAGCAACAUCACUACUUUACGUUGUUUACGAAAUCAUGGACUUCCGUUGACGCUUUGUUUUUGUUUCAUGCCGCAUCGUCGCAUUAUAGAGAUACCAUACCAUGCAUGCCGUAGUAGUACUGAUCACGCAAUGUAUUCAACCACAAUGAUGCAGUGUAAUCCCUCAUUU